AUAGUUCAAUGUUAUGUGGUGGUGUCACGCAAAUACUGGUGGACCCCUCCAGACUCCAAAAUAUCACGUGAUACAUACAGGCUGCUUGUUCCUGGAAAUUGGCUCGAGCUACUGUAAAGUAGCAUUUUGUUUGGACGUCAAAGAAGCAAGUUAAUCAGCCAACUUUACUGCCGCUCGAAAGACAUGGCAAGUGCACCACCAAUGGAGACAGGUGGAUUUGUGGGGCUCCCUCAGCCACCUUCCUAUGAAGAAUCAGUGGGUCCUCAGUACCAGGGGACGGUGCUUCCUCCUGCCUACACCAAAUCUGCACAGUAUCCAUACCCAACACAGCCGUAUAAUCAAAUAUAUCAACCAACGGCUCACAGUACUACCAGUCCAAUAGUGUCAGUUCAGACCAUUUACGUCCAGCCGGGUGUGGUGUUUGGGGAUCUUCCAGUGCAGACUCAUUGCCCUGCAUGUGCCCAGAUGGUGAUCACUCGGCUGGAGCACACCUCUGGAACAAUGGCUUGGUUAACAUGUGCCGGCCUGUUCAUUUUCGGUUGCAUCUAUGGCUGUUGCCUGCUUCCUUUUUGUGUGGAUGGUUUGAAGGAUGUGACACAUCGAUGUCCGAACUGCAACAACGUCCUUGGAGAACACAAACGGCUUUGAUUAUGUCUUUUGAAAAGAGUAGUCUCUAUUGAGCAUGCAACCUUGCAGCCUGUCUCUAUCUUGAAUUGUCUAAUUACAAAUACUGUCAGAGGCUAAACAAUCAUGUUAAACAUGCAUAUUUUGAUGAUGGUCAUCAUGUAGUCUAUAUCAGGGGUACUCAACUCUUUACUCUGAGGUCUGAGCCUGCUGGUUCUGUUCUACCUGAUAAUGAAUUGCACACCUGGUGUCCCAGGUCUGAAUCAGUCCCUGAUUAGAGGGGAACCAUUUCAAGAAAAUGCAAUGGAACUGUCUUUGAAGAGAAGAGUUGAGUGAUCUAUAUAAAUGUAUUACCUUUAUUAAGAGCUUUGUCCACUAGAUAACUUGUCAAUAUUGCACUUUCAAAUGGAUUUUAUUAUAUAAUUGUAUAUAUGUCAGUUUGAAUAGUAAUGUGCACACAAUGUUGGUGGGGUUAGAGGUAAGACUGGUCGAUAUUGUGAUUGUACAUUUUCAUAGGAUCUAUAUGUAAUCAAACUGCAAUAUGACUACCUUUUAAUACAGUCUUAUUGUGAUGAUGACUGGUAAGUAAGCAAGCUCAUCGUACAAACUGCCCUAAGUAGAUCCACUUGUUGUCUUAGGCCUAAAUGCCUUUAGUUUGAAUGAAGGAGUGGUUUUGCUGUAAAUUAUGCUGUGGAAUUCAGGCACCUUUGAGCAUUCCCAAGUCCAUGGAUUCACAAGGUUGUCAUUGAUUGUAUAGGCCCUAUUUGUUUAUUUUCAUUCAUCACAUUCAAUUGUGUGCGUCUGUAGAAUUCACUUAAUGGCACUUUUUCAAUGUGUAUGCAUGACAUAAGCACAAAUAAAUUAGAUCAUUUUACCACCAAA